GGAGGAGGGAAGGGUAGGAGGGGAGAGGAACCCCGGGGCACAGCGGCCAAAUAAGGAAGGCUACCAUAGGAGCGUUUCUUUGUUUGAAGUCCCCCGCCGCCUCACUUGUGAGAAGGUGCUGGGACAAUGUUUUACGCUCACUUCGUCCUAAGCAAGCGUGGGCCGCUGGCCAAAAUCUGGCUAGCGGCCCACUGGGACAAGAAGCUGACCAAGGCACAUGUGUUUGAGUGCAACCUAGAGAGUAGUGUGGAGAGCAUUAUCUCGCCAAAGGUGAAAAUGGCUCUGCGCACAUCUGGUCACUUACUUCUGGGUGUUGUGCGGAUCUACCACAGGAAAGCCAAGUACCUGCUUGCUGACUGCAAUGAAGCUUUUAUUAAAAUCAAGAUGGCCUUUCGUCCAGGUGUGGUGGAUCUGCCGGAGGAGAACCGCGAAGCUGCCUAUAAUGCCAUCACCUUACCUGAAGAAUUCCAUGACUUCGAUCAGCCGCUUCCAGACCUUGAUGACAUCGAUGUUGCCCAGCAGUUUACCCUGAAUCAAUCUCGUGUAGAGGAAAUCACCAUGCGAGAGGAGGUGGGCAACCUGAAUUUACUGCAGGAAAAUGACUUUGCUGAUUUUGGCAUGGAUGAUCGAGAGAUGAUGCGGGAGGAGAGUGCUUUUGAGGUGGACAUCAUCCAUGGAGCUUCUGCCUCCAACCUGCUGCUGGAACCAGAGUCUACCAGUGGUCAGAUGACUGAUAAAUCCAAUCACCUGGAGUAUGACCAAUACAAAGAUGACUUUGGAGACAACCCAAUGGAGAGCAGUGAGGGAGGCAUGCUAGUGGACAAGCUUCUCAGCAAUGAGGAUGGAGGCGGCAUUUUCGAUGACCCACCUGCUGUUACUGAAAGUGUCAUGAUGCCACAGGAUCACGGUGGAGAUGACGACGAUGAUUUUGACAACCUGUCCCCAGCAGGAGGUCCAGACAGUCCAGACUCUGGGCCUGUGGAGCAACUUCCCACCAUGACAGACCAGACAGAGCAAACCACACUGGUGCACAACGAGGAGGAGGCCUUUGCUCUCGAGCCUAUUGACAUCACGGUGAAGGAAACCAAAGCUAAGAGGAAGAGGAAGUUGAUUGUGGACAGUGUAAAGGAACUGGACAGUAAGACCAUCCGGGCUCAGCUGAGUGACUACUCAGACAUCGUCACCACUCUGGACCUGGCUCCACCGACUAAGAAGCUGAUGAUGUGGAAGGAGACUGGCGGGGUAGAGAAGCUCUUCUCGCUGCCUGCUCAGCCACUGUGGAAUAGCAGGCUUCUUAAGAUGUUCACAAGGUGCCUGACUCCUCUUGUGCCAGAGGAGCUGAGGAAGAGGAGAAAAGGUGGAGAGGCUGACAGUCUAGAUGAGUUUCUCAAAGACCUGGAGAACCCUGAGGUGCCUAGAGAGGAGUCUCUGUCUCAGAGGGACAUCAUUGACCAGACCAUCCUGGAGGAGCCCAGUGUGUUGCAGGCCUCUGCCAUGGAGGGCAGUCGUACCACUCUGGACGAGUCAGUCAUGCCUCCUCCCUCCAGCCACCGUGGCCAGAAGCGCAAGGUCCAGGACACAGAGCCAGCUCUACCUAUGCUGGAGGACGACCGCUCUUCUAUCGUGUCCACACGACUCAAUGUACAGCAAGUAGAGCUCCCACCAGAAGAGCCAGCUAGCAUUUCCCAGCUCAUCCCUGAACUAGACCUACUUGGUGAGAAGAGCAAGGAGAAAAAGGAUGAUGAUGAAGAGGAAGAGGAAGAGGAGGGUCAAGGUGGAGACUUGGAUCAGGAGGAGAGGAGAUGGAAUAAGAGGACACAGCAGAUGCUACACGGUCUUCAGCGGGUGAUUGCCAAAACAGGAGCAGAAUCGAUCAGCCUGCUAGACCUUUGCAAAAACAACAACAAGAAGCAGGCAGCAGCCAAGUUCUACAGCUUCCUAGUGCUGAAAAAGCAGCAAGCGGUUGAGCUGACACAGGCUGAGCCUUACAGCGACAUCAUCGCCACGCCCGGUCCCAGAUUUCACAUCAUAUAAACUAUCACACCAUACAGCCAAGUGCCAUUACAGAGGCUGGUUUCUUUUUGCUUGCUUUCUUUUUUUUCUUUUUCCUUUUUUUUUUUGUUGAUGAUGAUGUGUUUAAGAUGUGUUACGUUUUAUCUGUCUGUUUUAUGUAAAUUACUGUCUAUGUGACCUGUGUGAUCUCAUGUAGAAGAUGAGUUUUUAAUGGAUCUUCUAAUGAGGUUCUGGAUCUUGUGUUUAAGUCAAAUUGAAUAACUACAGAGCAAAAGUAGUUUGUGGAUUUUAGCACUCAUGUGAAAGCUGGGGUUUUUUUGAGAGAGAGAGAGAGGUUGCAGUCUUUUUCCUUAACUAAUACUGUUUUGUGAAUGGAUUGAGUCUGCUCAUUUUGCAUGCAUCAUAUGCAAUGUCACCUAACAUACAAAUGGUUUUGUUAUUGUAGCACUAAUUUCACCUUCGUAUAAGCUAACGAGUGCCCUAGCACCAAAAUAGAAACGGUAAUUCACUACAUACUGAAAUUAGUGUUUCUAGUGUUGAAAUCAUACAAGAAAUUUCAAAGCCCAUGGUUUUAUAUGGGUUUUUAAAAGAGAGAAAGUUUUUCUCCUGCUCAGAAGUGGUCCUUGCGCCAAAUAUGUCAUGUAGACAAAGCAAAAAUGAGACUGAUAGUUCUUAACUGUGAUGAUAUAUAUAUAUAUUAAUAAUAUUAAUAUUAAUUAUAUAUAUAUAUAUAUAUAUAUAUUAGAUUAGAUUAAAAUAUAUAUAUUGAUAUUGUGCUAUUAAUUUAAACUGUUUUCCCUCAAUUGUUGUUCAUCCGUCGCAAGCCUUGUGUGUGAAAGGCUUAGUAGGUCAUACAUACAGAAAUGGCAACUAUUCAUUUUUAUAUUGACCCUAUGUUAUAUAGGUGAAUCAUGUCCUGUUACAGUACAUCGUUUAUUCAAUUUUGCCUUUUAUUUAGGCGUAUUUGCUAGUACGUUUCCAUUCUGCUUGUUUAUAUGGAAACUUUUGAAAAAAUACUAAGUAUUUAAGUCACACUUUGUUAUUGAUAUUAUUGCCUGUAGCACUGAGCUGAUACAUAUGUGUUAUCUAAUUUUUUAAAUAAAAUGUCGAAAAGAAAAUUCAAAUCUUGAAAUUGCCAUCAAAGUAUAAAUGGUAAUAUUUGACCUGGAAACAACCGGAUUGGCGUGAUAGUGUUUAAACAAAAGCUAAAACUGAGAUACAAACAUUAUUUACAGAUAGAGCAAAUGCAAAUAAGGUCAGAUUUCACUCAUGUGUAGGUUCAGCUUUAUCCUGGUCAGUACAUUUGGUAUUUAUAUUUUAUGCUUUUACAUUAAAUCUGCUUAGCCUAAAAAUA